GCAAGCCUUAAGGACCAUAAAUUGGAGCUCCAAGCUUCAUAAUCAAACAUUAACCAACCGUAGGAAGAAACAGAUAUACUGAGUUGAGUGGCAAGGCUACUGGGAUUCGCAGAUCGGGAAGACAAUGAGGAAGUGGACUAUCCCUUCUGCUCUACUUUUGUUGCUUCUUCUCUCUCUCCUUCCGGAACAAGGUCGUAAGAUACAUGCCAAUGCGGAAAAGAGCGAAUCCGAAGAGCUUGUAGACCCCCCUAAGGUUGAAGAAAAGAUCGGUGCCGUUCCUAAUGGAUUAUCUACUGAUUCGGAUGUUGUUAGGAGGGAGGCGGAGUCGAUCUCAAAGAGAUCUCUCCGCAGCAAUGCCGAGAAAUUCGAGUUUCAAGCUGAGGUUUCUCGGCUUAUGGAUAUAAUUAUCAACUCUCUUUAUAGCAAUAAAGACAUUUUCUUGAGGGAGCUAAUCUCCAAUGCUUCUGAUGCGUUGGAUAAAAUCAGGUUCCUUUCCCUCACAGAUAAGGAGAUUUUGGGUGAAGGAGAUAACACGAAGCUUGAGAUCCUGAUUAAAUUAGACAAGGAAAAGAAAGUGCUUUCUAUUCGCGACAGAGGUAUAGGAAUGACAAAAGAGGAUCUCAUCAAAAACUUGGGAACCAUAGCAAAGUCUGGAACUUCAGCCUUUGUUGAGAAAAUGCAGACAAGCGGUGACCUCAAUCUCAUUGGACAGUUUGGAGUUGGGUUUUACUCUGUAUAUCUUGUGGCAGACUAUGUAGAAGUCCUUAGCAAACACAAUGAUGAUAAACAGUAUAUAUGGGAGUCAAAGGCUGAUGGGUCAUUCGCAAUCUCUGAAGAUGAAUAUAAUGAGCCAUUAGGACGUGGAACUGAGAUCAGAUUGCAUCUUAGAGAGGAAGCCCAAGAGUACUUAGAGGAAGACAAACUAAAAGAGUUGGUGAAGAAAUACUCUGAAUUUAUUAACUUCCCUAUAUAUAUUUGGGCAAGCAAAGAAGUUGAUGUGGAGGUUCCUGCAGAUGAAGAAUCUAGUGAAGAAGAGGAAACAACUGAAAGUAGCCCUUCAGAGGAAGAGGCAGAAGAGGAAGAUUCUGAGCAAAAGCCAAAGACUAAGACAGUGAAGGAAACAACUUAUGAGUGGGAGCUUUUGAACGAUAUGAAGGCCGUUUGGUUACGGAAUCCAAAGGAGGUUACGAAUGAGGAAUACACAAAGUUCUACCACACUCUGGCCAAGGACUUCGGUGAUGAGAAACCUUUGGCAUGGAGUCACUUUACCGCUGAAGGUGAUGUGGAGUUCAAGGCUAUUCUGUUUGUUCCUCCAAAGGCUCCUCAUGAUCUGUAUGAAAGCUACUAUAACUCCAACAAAGCCAACUUGAAGUUAUAUGUUAGACGUGUCUUCAUCUCGGAUGAAUUUGAUGAACUUCUUCCCAAGUACUUGAAUUUUUUGAAGGGUCUUGUUGAUUCUGACACCUUACCACUCAAUGUAUCACGAGAAAUGCUUCAACAACACAACAGUCUGAAAACUAUCAAGAAGAAACUCAUUCGCAAAGCUCUUGAUAUGAUCCGUAAGAUCGCUGAAGAGGAUCCUGAUGAGGCUAAUGAUGAGGACAAUAAAGAAGCUGAAAAGGCCAGUGACAAUGAUGAGAAGAAAGGUCAGUACGCUAAGUUCUGGAAUGAGUUUGGAAAGUCCAUAAAGCUUGGUAUCGUUGAGGAUGCUGCCAAUAGGAACCGCCUUGCAAAGCUUCUCAGAGUUGAAAGUACAAAGUCUGGUGGAAAACUAACAUCACUAGAUCAGUACAUCUCAAGAAUGAAACCUGGGCAGAAGGAUAUCUUUUAUAUAACAGGAACCAGUAAGGAACAAUUGGAGAAAUCACCCUUCCUUGAGAGGCUCAAGAAGAAAAAUUAUGAGGUUAUUUUCUUCACUGAUCCAGUAGAUGAAUACCUAAUGCAAUACUUGAUGGAUUAUGAAGACAAGAAAUUCCAGAAUGUGUCCAAGGAAGGGCUGAAGCUCGGGAAGGAAUCGAAGGACAAGGAGGUCAAGGAGUCAUUCAAAGAGCUGACAAAAUGGUGGAAGGGUGCCCUUGCCAGUGAAAAUGUUGAUGACGUGAAGAUAAGCAACCGUCUGGAUAACAGCCCAUGUGUUGUGGUGACAUCCAAGUAUGGGUGGAGUGCAAACAUGGAAAGAAUUAUGCAAUCUCAGACUCUAUCUGAUGCCAACAAGCAGGCAUAUAUGCGUGGCAAGAGGGUUCUUGAGAUUAACCCUAGGCACCCAAUCAUCAAGGAGCUUCGGGAGAGGGUUGUCAAGGAACCUGAGGAUGAGAAUGUAAAGCAGACAGCAAGGCUUAUGUACCAAACAGCGCUUAUGGAGAGUGGGUUCGUGCUUAGUGACCCUAAGGAUUUUGCAUCCAGUAUCUACAGCUCCGUCAAGAACAGCCUGAAUAUAAGUCCAGAUGCAGCAGUGGAAGAGGAUGAUGAUGUAGAGGAGGCUGAAGCUGAUGAAGUAAAGGGUGAUGAAGCCAAAACCACUGGGGAUGAUUCAGACACAGAAGAAUCUUUAACCAAAGAUGAGUUGUAAAUUUCUGAGAGGUGACAUAUUCAUAACUAGGAUUUUCUGACGGCCCAGUUUCUCUAGGAGAACCUGGAACGUUACAUUAGCCUUUCUGCUCAGUUUGUGAAGAAACGAGAAUGAAAUUGGAUAGGUUUGGAAUUACUGUAAGAUUAGUCACAUGAAAUUUUGUCAUGUAGUGAUUAGAAACUUGCAGAGAUUACUAUCAGUGUUCAACCCACUUAAUAACUUAAUGCAGAGGAUUUCGUUUUUGCUUA